UGUUUACAUGUUUUGAUGAAGCUCCGUAAUGGAAGCAGCUACCGCAACUGCAACGGCGCUCCUCAUAGCUCGCAUUUCACCCUCCGGCGCGUGUCGUCCACUCCUCCCGCAUUCCGCCUUCAGCCGCCCGAAUCCGCUCUCGUCGCUCUUCCGGAGCUCCAGCCCCGACAGGACCUUCGCAUCGUCGCCGUCCAUUUCUGCACGCCUUCGAGUCCACGCUUCCUCCGUCAUCGGUGCGCCGCGGGAAGCAAUGGAGGUCUCCACCACUGUAGGACAGAAUGAUCUGCUGAUUGUUGGGCCAGGAGUCCUUGGCCGCUUGGUCGCCGAGAAGUGGCGGGAGGAGCAUCCAGACUCUCACAUAUAUGGGCAGACAGUGACUACUGAUCACCAUGAUGAAUUGAUUAAAAUGGGAAUCAAACCAUCCUUGACUGGAACAGAGACAUCCCUACGGUUUCCUUAUGUUAUUUUCUGUGCACCGCCCUCGCGAACUCCCGAUUACCCUGGUGAUGUGAGACAGGCUGCUUUGAGCUGGAAUGGAGAAGGUUCUUUCCUAUUUACAUCAAGCUCUGCUCCGUAUGAUUGCAACAAUAAUGGAGACUGCGACGAGGAUACUCCUGAUGUUCCCAUUGGUAGGAGCUCAAGGACUGACGUUCUUCUAAAAGCUGAGAAAGUUGUGCUGGAAUUUGGUGGUUGUGUUGUCCGACUAGCUGGGCUUUACAAAGCAGAUAGAGGUGCCCACAUCUAUUGGCUUGAGAAAGGGACUUCUGAAAUCCGCCCUGACCACAUCCUAAAUCUUAUACAUUACGAGGAUGCUGCUUCCCUCUCGAUCACGAUCUUAAAGAAGCAGCUCCGUGGCAGGAUUUUCUUGGGCUGUGACAAUCACCCAGUGUCAAGGCAGGAUGUGAUGGACAUUGUGGAGAAAAGUGGAAAGUUCUCGAAGAAGUUCCAAGGUUUCACAGGCACUUCUGAUCCUUUAGGUAAGAAACUGAACAACUCGAGGACUCGCGAAGAGUUAGGUUGGGAACCCAAAUACAAGAGUUUCGCUCACUUCCUCGGAGUAUCCGACUGACUGCUGGUUCCAACUAUUAUUCGUGUCAGUAUAAUAUGAUUCCCAAAAUAGAUUCUUCGGCCACAGAGCAAGCCAAAUAAAUCCAAUUGCUCUUGCUCGUGGAAGGUGCUGCAGUACAUUGAUUCGAGAUGUACAUUGAAGCCGGUGAAAAUUUAGUAACUAUCUGCUCACUUUGAGGAUCGAUUCACGUAUCAUAUUUUCAUUAGUUUGUAUCUUGGAAUGGAACUCUUGGGAAAGAUUGUGAGCUAAAUCAUAACUAGAAGCCGAUGAAAUGAAAUUUUCUUGGUUCUAUUCUUGGU